UCACAAAACAAACACGUGCGAACAAAGGGAUAUCAAAAAUGAAAGUGCAGCUAGUUUUAGCCCUGUUGUCCUUGGCAGCAUUGGCCAACGCCAGGAAACCAUUGGCUGCGCGGUACGACAAUUUCAAAGUGUACCGAGCUUUUGUUGAGGAUAACGAACAGUUGGAGGAGUUUAAAAAAGUUCAUCAACACAUACAAGUUCAUAUACUGCAUGAGAUUGGCGGAUCUAACCGCAGCUAUGAUGUUAUUGUUGGCCCGCUUUUCCAGAAAGCCUUUGAGAAAGUGCUGCACGAUUUGGAGGUGGAAUAUGAGAUAAUCGUCGAGGAUUUGCAGGCUUUGCUUGACGAGUCGUCAGUUGAUGAGGAUGCGCCCAUGGACUGGGAAACUUAUCAUCCGUUGAGUACAAUCUACGACUGGGUGGAUGACCAGUGCGCUGAGCACGACUAUCUCGAGUGUAAGGUCAUAGGUCACUCCCAUGAAGGGCGGCCCAUCAAAAGCGUUAAGCUGUCGAAGCGAGAGGGCAACAAGGCCAUUUUAAUUGAGGGCAACAUUCAUGCCAUGGAAUGGAUAUCCUCGGCCACAGUCACCUACAUAUUGAACCAGUUAAUUAACUCGAAAGAUGCUGAGAUGCAGCGCCUGACGGAGGAGUACGAUUGGAUUGUCGUGCCCAUGGUGAAUCCUGAUGGUUUUGUCUAUACGCACGAGGUGGAGCGCUUGUGGCGCAAGAAUCGUCGCCCCAAUGGAUAUACGAACACAUCGGGUCCCUGCUUUGGCAUCGAUAUGAAUCGUAAUUUUGAUUUCCAUUGGAGCGGCGCUGGCUGGAAUAUAGAGGAUCCCUGCGAUCAUUGGUUUGGUGGCGAUGAGCCGAAUACCGAAAGGGAAAUUCUGGCACUGCAGGACUUUGUUAGCUCCUUUGAGGAUGGCUACAUACGCGCCUACAUGGCCUUCCAUGCCUAUGGGCAGUAUGUGCUGUUGCCCUAUGGACACUCGAACACAGAAUUUCCGCCCAACUAUGACCAGAUGAUGCGCAUUGCGGCCGCCUUUGCGGAUGGCGCUGUGGAUGCGUAUGGCUCUGUUUUUACCUAUGGCGCCAGCGGUUUAUUGAACUAUGUUGUGUCUGGCGCUGCUAAGGACUGGGCCUACGGGGUUAAAGGCAUACCAUUCACCUGUACCAUUGAGCUGCGUGAUAAGGGCACAUUUGGCUUCUUCCUGCCAUCCAAUCAAAUUACGGAAGUUGGCACCGAGGUCACCGAGGGUCUUAAAUCGCUCGUUGCCAAGGCAAAUGAUGAGGGCAUUUUCGAUUGAAAUCGGUCGAGUGGGAAACUUUUAAAAUUCUCAAAUGCCGAUAACAAAUGGAUUAGAUUGUAGCAGCCGCUUUUGAAAUUAUUUAUAAAUAAUAGAAAAAUAUAUACAUAUAUUUUAA